ACUAUGCUGCUGCUUUUUUUCGCGAAGAUAGCACAUCAAGUUUUACUUCUACGCGCCGACCAAGAAGAUAAAGAAGAUCUAUGCGCCGACCAAGAAGAUAAAGAAAAUCUAUGCGCUGACCAAGAAGAUAAAGUGCUGGUGUGUAACGCUCAUUUUCUAUUUGCGACGGAGCUUACCCUAUUAUUGAAGAAUUCUUUAAGCACAUGUGGCGUGUCUGUUUUCGACCCAACAGCAGCCAAUAUUGAUCUGGAGGAUAUCGAAAAAACUAGUGAUCUCUUUCGCAAAGACUUCCAGUACCAACUGCAGGGAAAAAAUCUAAUGAUAUGCGAUGAGUUCGGCGCAAACGACAGUGUUUCUAAUACUAUUCAACGUAUAAUGAUGGAGCAACUGAAAAGCGAUCAGCAUUGCAUUUUGUUCACAUCUAAGAAAAACAUGCAACUCGAAGGAUUCGAGUCAUUUCAAAGAGAGCAUCUCACUCGUUCUCUCAGGUCUUCAGCUGAAAUAUGUAAAUUUGCCAGUAAAUGGGUUCAACUUUAUUCUCAUGCAGAAGAGGAAGAGUUCGAUGUCAAACAUGGCCACAAUUUUUUUGCCGAAAACCCUGAUAUCCAUUUUGUUCCUCAAGAAACUCUUGAAUACAGCAAUUUUGUUGCAUCUUUUGUCGAGAAGUCAGUCGGCGUUAUCAGCGAAAACGCACCGAAGUUUUCAGAUUUAGAAUUCCUUCCGGUCUUAGUUUGCAUGGAAGAAAACAUGUUUCAGCAGCUUCAGGAUGCUUUGAAGUUAAGAUUCCGUGUUUUGAAUAUUAGAGCAGAAGUUCCUUCUUCCGAAGUUGAGAACAAAACUUCUCAGAAAAACACAAACUCGGACAAUGAUGGCAACACUUUCCCCCCUAUUAAGUUCUUCCGAUUUACAGAGACCGAAGGAAUGGAGUUUGGAGUGGUAUUCGUUUUGGUGUGUACCCAGGGAUGUAGUGAUAAGUGGUCGGAAAUUUUCUCGGGGUUCUUCACUGCCGUAACAAGAGCCACCACAAAGCUGAUUAUUGUUCACAACACUGAAGAUGCCAACGAUGACAUCAGCACAGAUGGAAUAAACACAUCAAUUCAGGAAAGAUUGGAAGACAUUGUCAGAGAAAUUGAAACGGAGGGGUCUACCGAAAUCUCAGUGGGAACCAACUACAAAUUUCAGUUCUUUCAAAGUUUGUCUGAUGAAGAUAAAAUAAACGAAGAAAGACCAUACAAAAGUGGCAUGCAGUAUGUCACGGGACCCAGUGGUGGAAACUUUAUUCAGAUCGACAAACUGAAACCAGAAGAUGCAGAAGAAACAAUAGAAAUGCUGGUGAAAAAAGGUGUGACACAGGUGAUCAUUAUUGGCAAAGAGUUUCCAGAGACUUCGCAGAACAUAAAUUUUUGCGUGGAAAUGGAGCUUCUGUUGAGCAAAUCUGCUUUCUCAGGGAAAUUGUCAAUUCAUAACUUGGCGCGACUAUUGUUCCCUUUUGAAACAGAGAAGCAAAUCUUUAGAAAUUUUUUGCGACGAACAUCUCAAAAAUAAAAUAACCGGAUCACGAGACUUCCAAACUUUGGGUUCCAACUGAUCAUUUUAUACCGCUGAAAUUAUAAUACACGAGGUGCGAAUUAGAACGCUUCGGGAAAUAAUUAAACUUGUACGUAUCUUUUGUAAUAAAAACGAUUAUUAUUGGUCCAAUGCGUUUCAACAUUUAUAUCGUGUUCUUACUUAACAACACCUGUUUCAAAUUUAUACUAAUCAAAAAAGGUAAAUCUGGACGAGUAAAAUCUCCAAAAAUUUGU